GAGAUAUUUGCCCUUUUGCAAGAGCAUCUUGGCCUAUAACUUCAGUCAGCUGAAUUUGUGCAUUAAUGGCUGGACAGCCCCUAAUGUGAUCUUCUUUCUGGAAGUAACAGUCCAGUAUGUCAUUGAUGGGUAUAUCAAGAGUGUCAUCCUGAACUUUAUAUGGUUCAUUGCAUAUCAACUAUCUUCUAUAUUGUAUCGCUCAUGUGGGAAAAGACUUGCACAAGGCCAUACCGGAGUCUAUCUGGGCAAAAAGCUAAUAGAGUGUCUCAAGCUCUACGGCAUCAAGAAGAAAAAAGGAAGCAGUGCCAGCGAGACCAAUGAAGAAAAUGACAAUGACUCUCUCAGCAUAGAAAGCAAUGACAAUGCUGAGGCUAUUGACAAAAAUGAUGAAUACAAGCUGGAUGCUGACUGUGAGGCUGCUGACAUUGCCUCCAUCGAGGAGAUCAUUGAGGAGAUUGAGAAGAAGUACAAUCUCACUGAAGAGAAAGCCCAUCUUAGUUGUACGGCUGUAACCAAGUUAACUGAACUUGCCAAGCACGUCUUCCACUCUCCAACCUUGCACAAAGACCUUGCGGCCAGUUGUGAGAAGCAGAAGCUCACUUCUAAGGAAAUGAUAUUUCUCAAGGCUACCAAGCAAGUUUUGAAGUUAGUAGCACCACUUCUACACGAGGGUGUCCCACUCAUUGAUACUCUCACCACCCACCUCAAAAAUGUGAUUGUCGACUCUUCUCUAGUCAAACCUAUGUGCGCCGUGGCUGCAUGUGGCCUUCGAAUGCUUAACAAGUACUAUAGCAAAACUAAUGAGUCAGUUAUAUACUGGAUUGCCAUAAACUGGAUCGACGAGGCCAAACAUGUAUUCUGUGAGCAGUGGGAGCUGCAUUAUAAGCUGACAGACACUCUCAUGGCUGGAAGCACAGUUGCAUCUCAGGUGUGUACACUCAAUUGUGUCACUGAUAGCUAUGCUAAUUACUACUCUUUCAUGAUGACAUCAGCCAAUGGCGACGACAACUUCUUUGCCGAGAUCGACGCCUUCAACAUGCAUAUCACUGUGGAUCCCAUGGGUGACCACCCACUUGUGUGCAUGGGCCUUGACUAUCUGUCAGCACCAGCAGCAUCCACCGAUAUCGAGUGUGCAUUCUCUCAUGGUGGGCUGGCCAUGUCCAAGCAUCAUCAUGCUCUGUCAGAUGAGUUUGUGCAUGCUGCUUCUGUUCUUAAGUUUUGGGCUGGGCUGAAGGGGGUGAUUCCAGAGGAGAAGAUUAUCAAGGUAUUUUGGAAUAAGAGUAAGCAGCCAAAGGAGUUAACAGAACAUGUAAUAGAGGUUGACUAA